GUCCUUCCGACUCGGCCGGUCGCGGAGGGGGUCUGAGUGUUCCCCGGCUCGUAACUGGCCCCCCCCGCUGCCGCCGCGCGGAGGGGGCCUGCCCUGCCCCGUUCCAUCCCUUCCCCUCCCGAGCCGCGAAGGAACUGUGGCCGCGAAGGCAGCUGAGGCGGCGUUAUCCCUUCGAGACUGAAAAUACUGUUGAGAAAACGAUAAAAUGAGUAGUCGGCGAAAACGUGCACCUCCGUCAAAAGUAGAUGAGGAGAAGAAGAAAAAGCUCUGCUGGGAUAUGCAUGAAGACCGGAGAAAUGAGAUUAUAACACUAGAUGAUGAAGUGACUGAAGACCACAUUCCAGGUCCAAGCACCCCUUCUACAUCCUUCAUCGUUAUAAAUGAUGAUAGCACUGAUGAAGAUCUCAUUCAGAAAGAAGACAGCGUCUCAAAAUCUGUUAAGUUUUUGACAGUUAACGAUGAAGAUGACUCUUACUCCAUCUUGACUCCUGUGUCAGUACAGUUAAAUAUUAUAGUCUUGCCAUACCGUGCAGACGGGUCCUGGAAAGCUUUGUUGGGAGAAUUUGGUCUUCAUCUUCCUUCUGACCAAAUGCUGACUGAUGAAUUCCAUAAAAGAAGCUUUACUUUGAGGAGAGGAGAGUCUGACGAUCAGCUGCAGGUCUGUGUUCAUGAAAGAAGUGAAGAAGAGUACAGUAAUGAAACAAAAGAAUAUCUGGGCACUUUUGAACAACAUAUUUUGGUGGAAUCAACAUUAGGUGGUGAAAUAUUGGAAGGCUUGAGAUGGCUGCAAAAGAAAAAGAUAAUUGGACUUUAUCAAAGACCCGGAGAGGCUCAAACGAUAAAGGUUGGAAUCUACCUUCUGGAAGCUGGGCUAAGUAAACCAGAAUUUCUCAGUGAUGGAGGUGGAAGACCCAAAAAAGCUAAUCAGCUGAUUCAAAAACUCAUGGAAAAGUUCUAUAGCUUUUUAAUUCCAGAUGAGCUGGAGGAAGAUGAGGAAGAAUCCGACACAGAACUAGAGCGACAAAAUAUUGAAGAACUUUAUGACUUUGUAAGACACACCCAUCAGCAAGAUAUCCAGUUACUGAGAGAGGAUGUGCAGCAUCCUGCAUUGAUUCCUAUUCUGAGGCCAUACCAAAGUGAGGCUGUGAACUGGAUGCUUCAGCGAGAGAACUUCACAAACACCCCAAGCAGUGAGAAUGAGCUGCACUUCUUAUGGCGGGAAGUCAUCACUCUGGAUGGAGUAAAAAUCUACUAUAAUCCAUUUACUGGCUGUAUUAUCCGUGAAUAUCCGAUUGCUGGACCCCAGUGGCCUGGAGGUAUUUUGGCAGAUGAGAUGGGUCUUGGAAAAACAGUAGAAGUGUUGGCUCUUAUUCUGAAUCAUACCCGACCAGAAAUUAAACAAGAUGAUCUGACAUUACCUGAGGGUAAGCUGGUGAACUUCUUUGUUCCACCUCAACCUUCAGAAGGAAAUAAAAAGAAAAAAACAGUGGAAAUGGAGCUUAAAUUGAAGGAAAAAAUACAGUAUCCCAGCUUACGAGUGAUGAUAUUAGCAGCUGUAAAGGAAAUGAAUGUGAAGAAAGGAGCAUCCAUUAUUGCAAUAUUCAAGUACAUCAGUGCUAUAUAUAGAUAUGACAUACAGAGAAAUAGACGGCUGCUCAAAAGAACUCUAGAAAAACUAAUUGCAGAACAAGUAGUAGAGCAAGUCAAAGGACAUGGUCUGGCUGGGUCUUUCAAGCUGGGAAAGAAUUACAAGGAACAGAAGAGGCGAGAAAGAACCAAAGAACAGAUAGCAAGGACUUCAGAAAGCAUUCAAAAGAAGCAGUUGAUUGAUGCUAAAACUCGAGUGAAAGUAUCAAGAAAUAGUGAUGUCACUUGCAAAAAUGCCCUUAAAACUCCUUUACGGGUGGAUAUCACCAUGGAAGAGCAUGAUUAUUGUACAACUAGCAAAAAUAGCAAGAAAUCUGAAGCAGAUCCUAAGAACUCUGUAAAAGAGGAUAACAUUGAGCAGGAAGCUGUGGUCUCAAAGUCUUCUGAUAUGCGUGGCAGCCUCCUUGUCUCCAGUGAUAUGAGUAGUCAUUCUGAUGUUUCUAAAACUACAGCUGAUGUCCAAAAGGACCAGUCCUCACGUUCCCAAGAACAUGCCAGCAGUAGUGUACAACAUACCAGUCCUGUAUUUCCUUUUAAUACCUCUGAAUAUCGUUUUGAGUGCAUCUGUGGUGAGCUUGGAUUGGCUGACUAUAAAGCUCGUGUGCAGUGCCUGAAAUGUCACUUAUGGCAGCAUGCAGAAUGUGUAAACUACAAAGAGGAAAACCUGAAGAUCAAGCCCUUCUACUGUCCUCAUUGUCUUGUGGCAAUGAAACCAGUUUCCACAGGAGCAACUCUGAUAAUUUCUCCAAGUUCUAUUUGUCACCAGUGGGUAGAUGAGAUCAACAGGCACGUAAGAUCGUCUUCUCUUCGAGUUCUGGUGUAUCAAGGUGUGAAGAAGCAUGGCUUUUUGCAGCCACACAUGUUGGCAGAACAAGAGGUGGUUAUCACCACAUAUGAUGUCCUCCGCACUGAACUGAACUAUGUAGAUAUACCCCACAGUAACAGCGAAGAUGGGCGCCGUUUCAGGAACCAGAAGCGAUACAUGGCCAUCCCAAGCCCUUUAGUAGCCGUGGAGUGGUGGAGGAUCUGCCUUGAUGAAGCACAAAUGGUUGAAUGCACUACUGCAAAGGCUGCUGAAAUGGCACUCCGCUUAAGUGGAAUCAAUCGCUGGUGUGUCAGUGGCACUCCUGUUCAGCGAGGAUUAGAAGAUCUGUAUGGAUUAGUUGUGUUUCUUGGAGUUGAUCCUUACUGGGUCAAACAUUGGUGGGUCCAACUUCUAUAUCGACCUUACUGUAGGAAAAAUCCCCGUCCUCUCUACAGUCUGAUCGCAAAGAUAAUGUGGAGAUCAGCAAAGAAGGACGUGAUUGACCAAAUUCAAAUACCCCCUCAGACAGAAAAUGUACACUGGCUUCACUUUUCUCCUGUGGAGAGACACUUCUAUCAUCGCCAGCAUGAGGUGUGCUGCCAGGAUGCAUUGGCCAAACUCAGGAAGAUUUCGGACUGGACUCUUAAGCUUAGUAGCCUAGACAGAAGGACUGUGACUUCUAUUCUGUACCCUUUGCUGCGACUGAGGCAGGCCUGCUGUCAUCCACAAGCUGUUCGGGGAGAGUUCUUGCCAUUACAGAAGAGCACCAUGACCAUGGAGGAGCUGCUAAUGUCUUUGCAGAAGAAAUGUCGAACAGAGUGUGAGGAAGCUCACCGGCAGCUGGUGUGUGCUCUUAAUGGCUUAGCUGGCAUCCAUAUCAUUAAAGGAGAAUAUGUAUUGGCUGCAGAGCUGUACAGAGAAGUAUUACGAUCAUCCGAAGAGCACAAAGAAAAGCUCAAAACAGAUUCCUUGCAAAGACUUCAUUCUACUCACAAUUUGAUGGAAUUGUUGUUGGCAAAGCACCCAGGAAUUCCCCCGACGUUGCGUGAUAGCCGACUUGCAGAAGAGGCAGAACAACUUCGACAGCAUUAUAUGAGUAAAUCUAAUGCAGAGAUUGCAGAAGCCCAUCAGGCCUUACAGCCAGUUAUUCAGACCAUUCGAGAGCUCCAGAGAAAGAUUCAUUCAGGUUCUCCUUGGUGGUUGGAUGUCAUCCAGACAGCAAUACAGUACACCAUCGAUGAGGAGCUUGUUCAACGUGUGCAAAAUGAAAUAACCACAAACUACAAACAGCAGACUAAUAAACUCUCCAUGGCAGACAAAUUCCGUGACUGCAGAGGCCUUCAGUACCUGCUCACAACCCAACUGGAGGAAGUGAAGAAGUUCCAGAAGAUUGUAAGAGAAGCAGUGAAAAACUUAGAAGGCCCUCCCUCUAAGCAGGUUAUUGAGGCUGCCACUAUCUGCCAUUUGCGACCUGUUAGACUUCCACUUAACAACUGUGUCUUUUGUAAAGCUGAUGAGCUGUUCACAGAAUAUGAGUCGAAGCUCUUUUCUGACACUGUUAAAGGCCAAAUGGCAAUAUUUGAGGAGAUGAUAGAAGAUGAAGAAGGGCUUGUUGAUGACCGUUUGCCCACCACGAGUAGAGGACUGUGGGCAACCAGUGAAACUGAACGUGCCUUGAAAGCUCUUCUCUCCUUUGCCAAAGCUCACCGAAUGGAUGUUAAGCUAACUGAAGAGGGCAGCAUAUUUCUGGAACUUUAUGAAGCAUGGAAAAAGGAAUAUAAGUUACUUCAUGAAUAUUGGAUGGUACUUAGGGAUCAUGUGUCUGCAAUUGAUGAGCUUGCAAUGGCUACAGAAAGGCUGAGAGUGCGUCAUCCUGACGAACCAAAACCAAAUCCACCAGUUCUCCACAUCAUAGAACCACAUGAGGUAGAGCAAAAUCGAGUGAAACUUUUGAAUGACAAGGCAGUUGCCAAAUCGCAGCUUCAAAAGAAAUUAGGACAACUUCUGUAUCUCACUAAUCUGGAGAAAUCCCAAGAUAAAACUACUGGGGGAGUUAACCCAGAACCAUGUCCAAUCUGUGCACGUCAACUGGGAAAACAGUGGGCAGUGCUGACGUGUGGACAUUGUUUCUGUAAUGAGUGUGUAGCCAUCAUCAUAGAGCAGUACAGCGUUGGCACCCGCCGCAGCUCAAUCAAAUGUGCCAUUUGCAGACAGACCACCUCUCAUAAAGAAAUAUCAUAUGUCUUCACCGCAGAAUCUUCAAAUCAGGAGGAUGAUAUUCCUGUAAAGGGAAGUCACUCUACCAAAGUGGAAGCUGUGGUCCGAACGCUGAAGAGAAUUCAAUUUAAAGAUCCAGGGGCUAAAUCCUUAGUUUUCUCAACGUGGCAAGAUGUGUUGGACAUAAUUUCAAAAGCUUUGUGUGACAACAACAUGAUUUUUUCUCAGAUCAAUGGAAUUAGUAAAUUUCAGGAAAACCUCUCUGCAUUUAAAUAUGAUCCCAACAUCAAUAUUUUGCUGCUGCCUCUUCACACUGGUUCCAAUGGGCUAAACAUCAUCGAAGCAACUCACGUUCUGCUUGUAGAACCCAUUUUGAAUCCUGCACAUGAGCUACAGGCUAUUGGCAGAGUACAUCGUAUUGGCCAAACAAAAUCUACCAUUGUUCAUAGGUUCCUGAUAAAAGCAACGAUAGAAGAGAGAAUGCAGACUAUGCUGAAAACUGUAGAUAGAAGCCACACGAGCUCUUCCAUGAAACAGUCAGAAGCCUCAGUUCUGACAGUGGCAGACUUGGCUGACCUUUUUACAGAAGAAACUGAAGAACUUGAGUAAAAACAUUGGUCUGGCCUAAUGAAAUCAGAAAGUUCCUGAUCUAGUAAGCACCAGUAUAUAAUCCACUUGACUGUCAUUGCUGUAAACAUCACCUAACAUUUGACCAUAACAGCUACUGAAAAUCAAAAGGUCUUAAUUGUUACAGCUUUAUUUUGUGGUGAAAUUCUUAGUAGCACACACUUCUGAUAGCACUGGAGAAAAUUUGCACUUUGCACAUUAUAAAAACCAUGGAUUUUAUUCCCAAAGAGCAUUUGAACUGGAUGCUAAAACUGAGAUCUCGGACCCUUGGUUGAGAGGAUUUUUACCAUCAGGUUUGUCUAGUAGCUCAGUCUGAGAGCAAAACUAUGUGGGUGGUUGGGUGGGAAAGGGAAACAGAAAAACACAAAUCUAAUUUCUUUUUUUUUACUGUACAAAAAAUUGUUAGAAAUAAUGACUGUAAAUUAAUAUUAUUCUAGAAAGGGCUUGUUAGCAUUUAAAGCAGAGUUACUUAAAAUCUUAUUGGUAACACUUUAAAUCUUUACUAAUAAUGUGGAUAUUUGUAUUAGGCUUUUAGAUAUUCAUAAAGACCUGUGACAGUUAAUAAUGUCAUUGUUAAUGCUUACUCACUGCAAAAUUAUGAUUAAAUUAUGCUUUUUGUAUGUGUGUUGGUCUGGUGAUCAGUUAAAUACUCAAAUUUACUAUACCUACUUUCACUUGUUCUUGAAGCCAUGACUAAUUUAGUGCUUCAUUUAAAAAAAAAAAAAGGCAUUUGUUACAGAUUUUUUUAAAACUAAUUGGUUAAGCUGCUGAUCACUUUAUAAUUAUUUAGUGCUCAUGUACACUUCUUUCCCUCUAAUUCUUCCCCUUAAAUAUGCAGCAAUCUAAGUAUUCCAGAUAGAUUACAUUAAGGUAGAUAAUCAGAGGAGAGAGACAAAACGUUUGUGAAACUUCAUCCUUAGAUAUGCAAGAUCACUCUACCCCAUCUCUAUUGACAGUAGAAAGUUGAGAGAAGAAAUCUAGGCUAACUUAGACUGGUGAAAGUAGACAAGAUAAAUUUUAAUCCUUUUGGCGUAGGUUAUGGAUGCACAUUGACCCAACAUCAUUUCUGAGGACGUUACAGAAGCAAGCUCAGUUUGACAGUUGUAAACAAUUCUGUGUUUAGAGACUAGGGAAAUGUAUAUACAUAAGCAUCAGGCUACUUCCCUCACAUCACAAUAUCUGUUGUUUCAUUACACAAUGAUUUUUAUAUGUUUUAGAAAUCUUACUUGAGGUUAAAAUUGAAUUCUUUAAGAAAUCUCGUCUUAGAAUUUUUCCUCUAAUCAUGUCUGCUAAAUAGAUUUGCCAUAUAGCUAUUGAACUGCUUGAGUUCUGUUUUCAGUCAUACUACAUUUGAGUUGCAUUGUUUGGAUAUUAAGCCUGUCUGAACAGCAGAUAACUUUGCUGCUGCUGACAACAAUUGUGAGUAGGAUUUACAUGAAUAAUGUAUGAAUCUUUUGGCAUGUAUAGUCUGUUCUCCUUCUAGACCCAUUACUUUGUUCUAAAGACUAUUUGAGUAAAGUUACAGACAAUGUGUCUAUUUUCCAUAUUUGUAAUGUGUAUUAGCCUUCUUUAUACAUUCUGUUUUGGAGGUCACUGAUUUUUCACAGAUGACAGUUUGCAGCAGAGGAACUAGAACAGAUAGACUUCUUUGUAAAUGAUAUUGAUCAAAAAGUUUGCACAGAGACUGUGCCAUCUUCAUCCUUGAAUGUAUUGGAAACUGAAAUGACCCUGAGCAACCUGGUCCAGCUUCAAAGUUGACCCCGCUAAGAGUUGUAUGUUGGACCAGAUGACCUCCAUGGAUCCUUUUCGGCUUAAAUUAUUCUACAGUGUAAUGGAGAUCGUUCUGUACAGGCACUCCAGGAACUCUGAGGGCAACAACAUUCAAAUUUCCUCAUCAUCUUCAGAGAAUGUUAAUGUUUUGCAACAUAAUGUUACUGAACAAGGAGCUACUGUUUAGAUGUCUAUGUUAAAAACCAUGGAAGCAUAUAGGGCUUACAUUCAUAGCUUCCAUUUUAACUAGAUGUGGAAACAAUAGUUGUCAAUGAAUGUGAAGACAGAGAAGAAAAUGGAAAAAUACCUGCUCUGACAAGUUCCCCAAGCUCUGCAAGUUUUUGAUGUAUUUAUAUAAAGAUGGUGGUUGUAUUGUUUAUUUACAAAAAGGAGGCUUUGGGUUUCUUAACCAAAAGCAUAGCUUCUCAUCAAGCACUGCAUGAGUCCUGACCUAUUUUUUUUCAUGCUCCCAUAACUACAUGGAAUGGCAGAGGUCUGGUCCUAGCUGCUCUAGAGCACUGGGACCUAGAGCUCUGUGUUGGAUUCAAGGAUCUUUUCCAACUUAAACAAUCCUAUGAUAGAUGUAAGGCUAAAAUCUGCAUACUAGCUGUGUUAAAGCACCUCUUGAAAUCAGCAGGUUGAACCAUUAGAGUAUCUAGCCCUUCUUAGUGGUAAAAUGGAUUCUUCAAGUUUCACAUAUUUCACAUAUUUGUUUAAUUAGCAACUGUGCUUCAGUUAAAUUGGAGAGGGAAAAGUCUAUCAGUCAGUCUUGCAUAACCUUUACAUUUAUUGCUCUCCCAAGGUAAGGAAUCAGAUGAAUGUCUAAAGGAAAUUAUCGAGAUUUUUCUAACUGUAAAUAGAAUUUGU